GUUAUGUUUUUUUGGUGUUGUACCACCUAGAUGACGAAUAACUGGCGUGCGCUUGCGCGUAUGGCGAGAGACCGAAUCGUCGCAGCAAACCCUAGCGACGUUGAACUCAUCUUGAACCUAUGGUACAUCCGCCUCUCCUCCCUCGCCCGUCUCCGCCUCUUCAACCAAACAUCAGCAGAAUGCGAAAACCUAUUCAGCGUACUCGCUACGCUCGAACCUCCCACAGCACGUGCAUACAUCCUCCAUUCAAUCCUACCCUUCGAGCUUGAGGUCUUAAGAGCGAGGUGUGCGUAUUGGGCCGGAGAUCAUUUGGGGUACUUGGAUGAUGUAUCGGCGUUGUUGCAGAGGUGUCGGGUGAGAGCGAGGCAGGCGAGGGGUGGUACUGAAGGGGCGAUGUGGAAGGAGAGAGGGGCGAGGAUGGCGUUGAUUGUUGCGAGUCAGCUUGUUGAGAUGAAGGACUACACAGCAGCCUCAACGCUCCUCGAACCACUCCUCUCCUCUUCUUCCCCCCCUUCCUCAUCAACAUCAGCGCCAACUACGAAUCCAGCACUCCGCUCAGCCCUCGCACGCAUCUACCUCCAAGGCGGUCUCCUCUCCUCCGCCCAAAAGCACAUCGAUAUUGUCGAGCAAGAUCCCUCUGCAGAACCUGCGUUGAAAAAUAUGAAUGCGGUGAUUUGGAACGCGGCGCUGGGAGAGUGGGGUGUGGCUGCUGAGUAUGCUAGGGUGCUUGUUGAGGGUGAGAGUGCGGAGGAGGGGGUUAUAGAUGUUGUGGCUGCGAAUAACUAUGCAGUCGCACUUCUUGGGCAAGGACGCAUCAAAGAGGGCAUCCAAAUCCUCGAAUCAACACUCCAAACAUCACCCUCAGCAACAUGCUCAACAGAGCCUUAUCUCUUCAACCUCUCAACGAUGUACGAACUCCGCGCAGGCCUAACAACACAACGCAAACGAGACCUGCUCAUCGAAGUAGCGAAGUGGAGCGGAGAUGGCUUGCGAGCGACCUGUUUGAAGAUGAACGCCUAGUACUUGAAACCUAGACAUUAACCUGGACGAUUUCAACAGAUCAAAAUACGAUGUAUACUAUUAGCGAUGACUUUCGC